AUGUCCAGUACGGAGAAGGUCUCAGCUUCUGACCACCUCCCGCAGGUCGAUCGUGAAGCAGUCACUCAAGAUGAGAAGGCUACUCCCGCGGAAGAGAAGCAUCUGGUGAGAAGGCUCGACGAGCGGAUCAUGCCUUUCAUCUGCUUCUUGUUUCUGUGCUCCUAUCUCGACCGAGUAAAUUUGGGCAACGCACGGCUGCAAGGCCUCCCUCAAGAUAUCCUUGGUGGUGACCCCACUGGCGUUUUGUUUGACUGGGCCAGCUCCGCAUUCUAUUUCUCAUUCAUUCUGUGCCCCGUGCCCCUCACGGUACUUUUCAAACUCUGCGCGCCUCGAGUUUGGUUCUGUUUCGUUGCUGUGGGGUGGGGAGUUUGUGCUGUCCUCAUGGCGACGUCCUUCAACUUUGCCGGCGUGCUCGUCUCCCGCAUCGCUCUAGGCGUAUUUGAGGGAGGAUUCGCCCCAGCCGUUCCUUUAUACCUAUCGUUUUGGUACACGAAACAGGAGCAAGGUCUCCGGUUUGCCGCAUACAGUGCCUUUGCCGGCGUUGCGGGCGCUUUUGGCGGGCUGCUGGCGUUCGGGAUCCAACACGCGCGCACCGCGAUCGCGGACUGGCGGCUACUGUUCAUCGUCGAAGGCGUGCCGCCCAUUCUCAUCGGGGUGCUCACCUUAUUCUACCUGCCCGACCGUCCUGAGAAGACGUCAUACCUCAACGAUCGUGAGCGCAAGUUGGCACUGGAACGCGCCAAUCGAGGGACGAGCGCGGACGCAGGGCAGGUGAUCAACCGGCGACACGUGUAUGAUGCACUCCUGGACUGGAAGGUUUACGCAGGAGGGAUCCUGUUCUUCGCCGCCGACGCCGCUUUCGGGUCUAUCGCGGCCUUCCUUCCCACAAUCAUCACCACAUUUGGAUACACCAAUGCUCUCGCCCAGCUGCUCACCGUCCCACCUUACGUGGUGGGCUCGAUCAUAGUAUGCCUCGCCUGCUAUGCAUCCGACCGAUUGCAGAUGCGCGGCCCGUUCAUCAUUGCAGGGACAUCAUUGUCCGGGAUCGGCUACCUCCUCCUGCUCACCGUUGCGGACAACAAGCACGUGCGGUACUUUGCGACGUUCUGCAUCACCAGCGGGACGUACACGAUGGGGUCGAUCAUCUUCGCGUGGUUCACGCAUAACCUCGGCUCCGAGUCGAAGAAGGCCGCUGGCACUGCGAUGUACAUGGCGAUCGGGCAAUGUGGGGCGGCCCUAGGCUCCCACCUGUAUCCGCUCACCGAAGGGCCACGCUACAUAAAAGGCUUUGCGGUGAACUGCGCGCUGCACUUCUUCGCUGCAGUGGUCGCCACGGUAUACUAUCAUCUGGAAAACCGGCGAAGGGACGAACGGUACGGGAAGCCCGUGCGCGACGCCAUGGUGGACACGCGCGAGCUCGCAGACAAGGCUCACACAUUUCGCUACACGCCGUGA